AUGCUCGCUCUAACCAUCGUCGCUGCAUUUGCCACCACCACCAUCAGCAUCGCCAUCCCUCAGGGCGGCGACAGCAUCCUCGUACCUUCCAACACCAGUGUCUGGUACUAUCAAGCCGGAGGAUGGCCGAACUCCAUCGAAUGCCUCGAUCAUGUCGCAAAUGGCACUCUGGUUGAGGGUGUCUGCACAUGCCUCGACUAUGCAAGUCUCGGCAUAUUCCAAUCGCCCUCCAACGAUUGUUCCCUGACGGUAUAUGAGGGCACAAAUGUCUGCGGUGCUGAUGCUACAUCGAAGACAACCACGAGAAUUCCAGCAGGCAAUAGUCUCACCUGUGUCAACACGGACGUCGAUGCCGGGUUGACAGCGAGCGGUGUGUGGGCGUGUGGAUGA